CUAACCAGUUUAUACAACAUGGUGCCAACAUACAGUGCCUACGUUGUGCUGUGUAACUUAUUAUUUGCUUUUGGUGCAUUGAAGUCGAGUUACUCUGUUGAUGACACCAUUUAUUUCAGAUACAGGCGACAAACUGGUAGUAGUGGGUGUACCAUUCCUCCUCAUCCUGAACAUGGUAGAUGGAAACUCCUCAAUGGUGAAGCCAAUCCGGGUGAUACAGUUCAGAUAGCCAGCAUUCUUACAUUCGAAUGUAACGCUGGAUAUAAGCUGUCAAGUAAAAUUCCAUCAGUUUGUCUUGGAGAGUGGUCUUCGCCGGUUCCCGAAUGUGAAGAGUUGUGUCCUCCAUUGUACUCUUCGAAUACAUACGAUCUAAAAUGUGUCGACAAACUAGGGAAGGAAAUAAAUUGUACGGAAGCUACGCACGGAACGAAUCUGGAAUACACCUGUAAAACUUACUACGAAACUCCUUUUGGCUACAAGAAGACACUUUUCUGCGAAAACGGGAAGUGGGACAACUCCAAACCGGUGUGUCAGCCAGUUUGUGGGAAAAAAGUUACCAACGACACAAAGACGUUGAUCUACGGUUCAAAACCCAAUGAAAAGAUAGAACAUCCAUGGGUGGCGGCAGUAUAUCAAAAGGUGGAUGAUUCGUUCGAAAAUAUUUGUGGAGGAUCUAUUUUAAGUCAAACAGUGAUCUUAACAGCUGCCCACUGUGUUACGAAUGACUAUGGCGAUGUGCUGCCAAAGGAAAAUUAUAUGGUUGGAGUCGGGAAACUGUACAGAAGAUAUCAAGCACCUCAGGACACACGUGCCCAAUAUUUAGAAUUGUCCAAGAUAAUAGUUCCCGAAGCUUAUAAAGGAGAUAUUAGAAAAUACGCUGCAGAUAUAGCCGUGUUAGUGGUUAAGGAAGAAAUGUCUAUAAACGAAAAAGUACAACCAGUUUGCUUUACGAACAUGAAAAACAUCCACUUGCAUGCAGGGAACAAAGGAGAGGUAUCAGGGUGGGGCCUUGCAGAAGGUGAGAUGCCAUCGGAAGUCCUAAGAAGCCUAGUGAUCCCUUACAAAUAUGAAACGGUCUGCGCCGAUGAAUUACCUUCCGAGUGGGCCGAUAGGUAUAACUUAAAAGACAAAAUUUGCGUCGGUUUCGUCAAUAAAAGCACGAGCGUGUGUAGUGGAGAUAGUGGCGGCGGACUGGCUUUCAAAUAUCGAGAGGACAACAGAUAUUACAUUCACGGCAUCGUCAGUGUGUCACAUCAAGUUGGAUACAUGUGCAACAUCCAACAAAACGCGCUUUACACUAGCGUGGCUUCUUAUUACGAAUUUGUAGAUCGCCUUUUAACAAAGUACGCUCCUAAAGUUAGAGACUGCAUACUGCCCGCGUUUCCCCAAAACGGCAAAUGGACCACAGAGCAAGGAAAGUGGAAACCGGGAGAUGCCGUUCCAUCGAGCACGAUUCUGACAGUUGAAUGUGACGAGGGUUUCGUACUGUCUUCCAAAAGAAGCGUUGAUUGCACUACAGCCCAUAACUUGCCCUCUUGUGAGAUGCUGUGUCCAAAGCCGACCUUUCCUACAGAAACAUAUUAUAAAUGUAUCAAUAGAGAGGGACAAGACAUCGCCUGUUCUUCGGCUAUCGAGGGAUCCCAUAUGUGGUACUCCUGCCCUUCUAAGUACACACAGGCAGAAGGUUCCUUUAACAGGACUUGCUCAAAAGGGUCUUGGGGAUUGCCCAAACCAGAAUGUACUCGAGAAUGUGGUAAAAAAGUUGUCGACGACUCCGGUAUAGGAUCGGAAUAUCCCUGGAAUGUUGGGAUUUAUAAAUUAGACGACAACUUGGAAGAGAAGUAUGGUUAUGCCUGUGGUGGAUCGUUGGUUUCUGAGUAUGUUAUAGUGACUGCUACUCAGUGUGUAACUGAUGAGUUGGGUGACUUAAUGCCAAGAGAAAAGUAUCUAGUAGCAGCUGGGAAACACUAUAGGAAAUUUAAUGAUUCCAGAGACAUGCAGACUCAAAUUUCUGAUAUUACCUACAUAAAUGUACACCCUGGGUAUAAAGCUACGGAGAAGACUAUCUACAAUAUAGCUUUAGUAGUAGCGUCGAAACUUUUCAGACUCAAUAAUUUUGUACAACCAGUAUGUAUUACUGACUUAAGCGACUUUUGGUUUAGAGAUGGCGAUGCGGCAAUGAUGAUAGGUUGGAGAGGUGCUGAAACACUGAAAUCUCUAGAAAUUGAAAAUAAACCAGACGAUGGCUGUGCGCUUCCUUCUGCUUUCAAACGUCUUUUUUUCUCUUUGGAUAACACGUGUGCUGAAUUUAAGAAUGGAUCUUCCUGUCUGCUGCCUGAAGAUCGCGGCAAAGGUAUAGUUGCGAAACAUCCGGAGGAUGACAGAUACUACAUUCACGCUGUGGCUACUUAUUAUGAAAGCAAGGAGUGUCAGAAAAAAUUUUGGAUCGCUAAGAUAUCGAGUUACAGUAAUGUCAUCUCUUGUACAACAUCUCGGCUGUAAUUAUUUUCAGUACAUUUAAAAACAAAGUUUAAUUUUUUACAAAGUGGUGUAUCAGGAAUGGUUAAGACAGCACGAGCAAACAUUUCACAAAAACGUGUUACAAUAGCGGCAAAAUGAAUAUUUGACCACAACUGAAUUAAUUGAAUACGAUUAACGUUGCAGCUGGAAGUAAUGGUAAAACACACAAAAAACCCAAAAAAGCAAACAAGAUUCUCUCAUCUGCUGAUUCUAUGUUGAAGACAUAUUCCUGUAUUAAAAAUAUAUAUUUUAUUAAACGUGAAAUAAACAUGAAAUAGAUAAA